CGCAAAGAGAUCACCUGAAGACUUUGACUGGCCAGCCACCAUUGUACUUGUAAGAGAGAAAGAAGAAGAAGAGAGAAAAAAAAAGUGGAAAAACUAAUACCAAAAGCACCGUUGUAAUAAAAGUAGUAUGUGAUUCUUAUUAUACUAGGUGUGGGCAUGUGUUUCUGUCUUCGACAAGCCAACCGACUGAUACCCAAUAGAUUCAGUUUUCCACUGGUGGACAGAGGAGAAGGAAGACAACGAUUUGAUGUAAGUGUAGAGGAAGAAGGCUUACUCAGUCGUUACCAAGAGGAAGAAGAAGAAGAAGAGGAGGAGGAGAAUUCUCAUCACGAUAACACUACGCCUGUUCAUCGUAGAUACGAAGAAGAAGAAGAAGAGUUUGGUGCUUUUAAGAAAAGUGGAAAUUAAUCUUAGAAUAAUAAACAACAACAAAUUACCCUUUACCCGAUUACAGACAGGAAAUAAUUUACCCUUUCACCAGCAAAUAAUCCG